ACCGUAGCUUCUACACUUCUGCGCAUGUCCGUUGUGUUGUGGUUAUUUUGUGUUGUGUGUCAUUUUGUUUAUUUUGUGUCUUAUUUUGUGUUGUGUGUCAUUGUGGUUAUUUUGUGUUAAUGUGGUUAUUUUGUGUCGUCUUAUUGUGUGUCAUUGAAAAGCCUCGCCAUUAUUCGGUCUUCGGCAACAACUUCCGGUGUGUUUGUGUAACAUCUGGUGGACAAUUGUGCAACUGUGACGUCAUGAAAGGUGAGGGCUCGCUUACUUCGAGAAUCAGUUACAACGCUAUGACUCCUGUGUGGCGGUCCGUGAGGGAAGCCUUCUGGGCGAUGUGUGCCGCCGACGCCAUGUCCAUGCCUGUCCACUGGUACUACGACAUCCAUGACAUCAAGCGAGACUUUGGUGGUUGGAUAUCCGGCUUCAAUGCGCCCAGAAGCAAACACCCGAGCAGCAUCCUCAGCCUUUCCAGCACCUCUGGUAGCGGCCGCACUUCGUGGUUGUCGACUGCCAAUCAAGAGGAGGUGGUCGGUAACGUCAUUCUUCAUGACAAAUUGCCAUUUUGGAAAUCCUCCGGUGGAUCCCAUCAUUAUCAUCAAGGAAUGAAGGCAGGUGACAACACGCUCAAUGUCCUGUGUGCCCUCCGAGCCGCUCAAACGCUCGCCAGCGCCGCUUAUGCGGACAUCUCUCUUCCUGAUGCCCGGGCUGCCGUGCUGGUGGAUUACAUUCAGUUCUUGACCACACCUGGCAUGCACAGCGACACAUAUGCCGAGUCUUUCCACCGAUCAUUCUUUUCGGACUGGCAGGACAGCAGGCCCACAUCAAGCCGGGAUGUUCUGGUGUUUGCGGAGAGACGUUCAAAGCAGAAGCUGAGCGCCUCCUUCCAUGACAGCCAGCUGGAUGCUAUCGGUUGUUUUCCCAUGACUCUUCCCUUCAUUCUUCUCUCGGCCUCAAGCAGUGAGGAGGAAGCUGUGUCUGCUGCAAUUGAGUUUGUGAAGCUGUCCCACCCCCACCCCGCUGUGCCUGAGUAUGUGUCCAUCUACAGCCGGGCACUGCACGCCGUGCUGGGUGGUGCCAGCGUCUGCCAGCAGGCUGAAGGCGCCCUCAGGACGCUAGGAGUGUGGGACACCUGCAAGAAGUACAGUCAACAGGCUGCCAGGUUUCCUGAGUGGUCCGAACAACGCCUGCGGGUUCAUCAGAGUGCUGUCAGUCACCUCGGCCUCGCUUGCUACACCAAAGGAGCACUUUCCAGCAUGUUCUACCUCGCCCACCAGUUUCACGACAACCCCACCGCAGGAAUCCUCACCAACACCAAUUGUGGAGGGGAAAACUGUAACCGUGGGUCAGCAUUGGGCGCCCUGCUAGGGGCGGGGGGAUCCUAUACCAACGCAACUAUACCUCAGGACUGGAAGGACAAGUUGACGGACGCCCAGGUCUAUAUUCCCAACAUACUGAAGUAUCUGCAGCCCUGACUGAGGAACACCUGAAUGACACACCUGAAUGACACUACCACUACAGCAGUUUAUUGCAUGACUCCCCCUGUCUUCUAGUUGACAAAUACUAAUUGAAAUAUUUGAUUUAAAGGGUUCCCAUUAUACAAAAGCCACUUUUCUUACCUUUCGGUACCUGUAUUUGGGAUCCCCGUAAGUCUAGAUAUUGUGAAAUCAAACCAUGUAGGCAUGGCGGAGAUAUUUAGAAAACUCUCUUGCCUUUUUCUAAAAGAGCCGUCUGAAAUUUGAGACUUUUGUGAUGUUUUUUGCCUUCAGUUCCAUGAGCGCAUCUCUUCAUAUAUAAUAGAGACACCCGAAGAGAAGUUUGGACACACCUUCUCCUCAUUCAAUGGGUUUUCUUUAUUUUCAUGACUAUUUACAUUGUAGAUAGUCACAUCAAAACUAUGACACCCGUGAAGUGAAAAGCAUUUCAGGUGACUACCUCUUCAAGCUCAUGGAGAGAAUGCCUAGAGUGUGCAAAGCAGUAAUCAGAGCAAAUGGUGGCUAUUUUGAAGGAACUAGCAUAGAAAACAUGUUUUCAGUUAUUUUUUUGGUACGUACAUAACUCCACAUGUGUUCAUUCAUAGUUUUGCUGGUAAAUGGAUUAUACUUUUAUAGCGCUUUUCUACCUUUUUUAAGGAACUCAAAGUGCUUUAACAUUAUUUCCACAUUCACACACUGAUGGCGGGAGCUGCCAUGCAAGGCGUUAACCAGGACCCAUCAGGAGCAAGGGUGAAGUGUCUUGCUUUAAGGACAAAACGGACGUGACUAGGAUGGUAGAAGGUGGGGAUUGAACCAGGAACCCUCAGGUUGCUGGCACACCCACUCUCCCAACUUCACCACGCAGUUGGGAGAGUGACAAUCUACAAUGUAGAUAGUCAUGGAAAUAAAGAAAACGCAUUGAAUGAGGAGAAGGUGUGUUCAAACUUUUGGCAGUUUCCAUCAGUAGACUUGAUACGCAGGUGCUAACAACACAACAUGGCUGCGGGGAGAAGGGGGCGUGGCUUUGGCAGGUAAAUAGGAGCACCCAUUAAAUUUCAGAAAGCUGCUAGAAGAUGACCUGUGAAACAAAAUCAACACUAAAUUGUGCCUAAAGAACCAGCAUGUUGUGUUAAGUCAACAACAAGAACCUUUUUAAAUUUAGGGGGAAGGGAAAUCCUCCUCUGACCCUCGUCCCCAAAUGAUGUGAUUAGUAUGUAAGAAGUGUGAAGAUGCAUCAUACAUUGUAUAUGUUAUCUGUCAUGAGAGAAUAAAAGUGGUCAGAAUCAUCAAGAAAA